ACUAUAUUUUUACGAAACACUAUUUAGGAUUAAAGCAAAAAGUCUCAGAAAUAAGUAGAAACUCUAGCUUAUUAUAUUGCAUAACGAGUAGAUAAUCGUCUCCUUCUGUAUCUAAAAAAAAAUUAUAUUCUGCACGCCUGUUCUACGUCAGGAAUCGUUCUGAGUAUCUAUAGUGCAUGCUCAUUCCUUUUUACAAGUUUACCGAAGACGUUAGAUGUCACAGCAGCAAAAUUCCGGAUCUCAAGAGCAAUUAAAUUACUCCCUGCAAUUAAUGGGUCUCUCGCUUGGAUAUUACAAUCACUUUACGCUUAACGCGCCUGUGCGACGAUCCCGCGGACGCUCGUUACGGUACGAGUCGAAAAUUCGAUUAACAGGUGUUCAAGUUAAUCGAGAGCCAAUCUGCAGGCUGGUCUCUGCGCAAGCGCGUUCGCCCUUCUACGGUCCCUCGACGAGCCAUCGGAACCUGGUUCGUCCGACUAAUUGGAACCCGGCGUCGUUGAAGAGAGACAAAACCACGGUGCUGCUGGGCAGCUAGGCAGGCGAACGAUGAAGGCAGGCUGGCGUAACGCUGUUAUCGCGAGCGGUCGGCCCAGGACGUGGGAAUGUGUCUCAUCCGGGGGGCCGGGGACGAAGGGCGGCAGGCCGUCCGCGUGCACGACGGAGACGCUGUUACUGUUAGUCCAGCAUCAGCCGGCCACCGGCAGAACACUCGGUCGCGGUAUGGCGAGCGGCACACCCAGAGCUAAGGUCCUCACCGAGGACAAUGUGUUCGAGAAUCUGAGGCGGAUGGAGUACGCGGUCCGCGGCCCGCUACUCAUACGCGCCCUCGAAAUCGAGAAGGAGCUGCAGAAGGGGGCCAAGAAACCUUUCAAGGAGGUCAUAAAGGCAAAUGUGGGGGAUGCACAUGCUAUGGGGCAGCGGCCCAUCACUUUCCUCAGGGAGGUCUUGACUCUGACGGUGUCACCGAGCCUCCUCAACGACCCCAACUACCCCGAGGAUGCUAAGGAGCGAGCCAGAACUAUAUUGCAACAAUGUAAAGGUGGCAGCGUCGGUGCGUACUCGGAAUCGGCCGGAAUCGAGAUCAUCCGUAAACAUGUGGCGCAGUACAUCGAGAAGAGAGAUGGAUUCCCUUCUGACUAUCGCAAUAUCAUCUUGUCGAACGGCGCCUCGGAUGGGAUCAAAUCAUUUUUGAAACUUUUCAAUGAAAAAGUGGAUGGGAAGACAUCCGGCGUGAUGAUUCCGAUACCGCAGUAUCCCCUGUACUCGGCAACCAUAGCCGAAUUCGGUGUGGCGCCGAUCGGUUACUAUCUAAACGAGGACAACAAAUGGGCCUUGGAAAUCUCCGAGCUAGACAGAGCUCUCAGCGAAUCGAGAAGGUCCUGUAAUCCUCGCGUGCUCGUCGUGAUAAACCCCGGCAAUCCGACCGGACAAGUCCUCACUCGUAAAAACAUCGAAGACAUAAUUCUAUUCGCGUACAAGAAUCAUUUAUACCUGUUGGCCGACGAGGUUUACCAGGACAACGUUUACGAUAAAGACAGUGCCUUCCACUCGUUCAAGAAAGUGAUGAUGGAGAUGGGAGAGCCUUAUUGUAGAAUGGAGCUGGCUUCAUUCAUGUCCGUGUCUAAGGGAUACAUGGGGGAGUGUGGACUUCGCGGUGGAUAUGGGGAAUUCGUUAAUAUGGAUCCUAAAGUCAUGGCGAUUUUACAAAAAUCGAUAUCAGCUAUGCUGUGCCCUACUGUUCUUGGCCAAGUGGUGAUGGACGUCGUGGUGAAUCCACCGAACAGCGAGCCAUCCUACCCGUUGUACAAAAAGGAAAAAGAGCAGACUCUGCGGUCUUUGGCAGAGAGGUCGCAAUUAGUGGUCGACACUCUGAACAGCAUUCCAGGUUUCAAGGUAAAUCCAGCCAUGGGUGCUAUGUACGUGUUCCCGCGAUUCGAGCUACCGAAGAAGGCGAUAGAGGCAGCGAAGAAGCAAGGCCAGGAGCCGGACAUCUUCUACGCUUUCAAAUUAUUAGAAGCAACCGGGAUAUGCGUGAUUCCUGGUUCCGGUUUCGGUCAGCUACCCGGGACGUAUCAUUUUCGAACGACGAUUCUGCCGCAGAAGGACAUGAUAAAAAAGAUGCUUGAGAGCUUGAAGCAGUUCCAUCUUAAGUUCCUCGAAGAGUACAUUUAAUUCUAAAGAUGGGAGUUGUUAACGUGCAUUUCGUUUCCUCUACGCGACGUCGGGCCGAAUGGAAAUGGAUCAGUAUUAAAAUUCAAAUUAAUACCAUUUUUAAUUUUGCAAUUGAGGUGAGUGAAAUACGCUCGUUCGUCGAAUAUUUGUACAUAAUGUAGAAAAUUGAAGAAUUGUACGAGCUUUGCAAUGGGCUCGGGCGCGUGUAUCGCGAGGAUACAGUCUUUGUAAUACUCCCAACGAUAUUACCGGAUUUAACUAUUAUAUAGAAAUCCUACGAAAUGUGUUUUCACUCGGGGAGACUUGCUCCGGAUGUUUUUAGCAAACCCAGAUGUAUGACUGGAUCACCCAAUAAAAUUAUAUACACACUCCGUACAUUCGGAUAAACGAGAAGAUGUGGAUCGUUUGUAUGAUAAAAUACGAAGUUCAGGAACGACUUAUGUGUUCACAUUUGUCAGAGAUUCUCGACGUUAAUAAAUAACCAAUGAUGAAAUAUCUGCCAUUCACAAAAAGGAA